GCGGUGUUGAGUGGAUGUGACCGUAAGGCGUUCGUUCAUCUGUGUGCAAAGAGGAGAACUUUACUGACAUCUCAGUCACUUCUGCCGCAGAAAUGGCAACGUGGAAUGAAAAAGUUGUCAACCGAAUACAAAAUCUGGAAAUGACCAAAGGUUUCCAAGAAAGAGUACGAAAUGAAAGACAAAUAUUGAGGGAAACUCUAGCUUUGCAGCUAAAUCAGGAUCUUCUCAGGCUUCUAACGGAAGGAAUGCAAACAGAUGUCACUUUCCAUGUAGGAUCAACUGUGUUCAAGGCUCACAAAGCAGUGCUGCUCGCCAGGGUCCCAGAGUUUUUCAUGAGAAUUUCUGAGAAACAGACUUCUAAGAACCAACCAGAUAUCAUUAACAUAGAGAAUUUCAAACCUUCAGAGUUUCAAGAAUUUCUGCAGUAA